UCGCUCACAGGAUUGAUACAUGCACAACUGAAGUUUUGUAACCAUUUCAAACACAUGAGCCAACUUAGUUAUGGCAUGUGACACUGUUUAAGAUAAAGCGUCCAAUAAAAGGAAAACAAAAAAAAAAACCUUCAACUUCUACACGUCUCCCCUGUCUGCCUGUAACGUUGCAACUCAUCCCGGUCUGCACGUGUUUAUAAGUGAUUUACAUUAAAUUUAAAUAUGUAAGCAUGUGUAGCCUAUCGGCUGAAGCAGGUAUUUUUCCUGAUGUUUAUUGCUCAGUUUUCGUCUUGGAAGAGCCAAUCGCAAAGCUCGCCGAGUCUGUGCACGCCACCGGAGGCACGUUGCCUUGGGAGCCGCUGCACGGGGUUCUGUACGGGUCUACCUCACACAUCGUCGCUCGGGCUUGUGGAGCUGGGGUUUGGGAAAAUACCGGUGUGCAGAGUCCUGGGUUUACGAACAAAGGAGCUCGCCGUACACUCUAUUCUGCUAUAAGACGAUAGUAAUGAAUGCUUGUCGUACAGGACUAGUGGUGUAGGAUGUCGGCUUCCGAUUCGGACUGUUCCAUAGACUGGUUGGCCAGCGAUGAUGAUGAUGAUGACGACAGUGUUUUUGAGUCAGAAAGCGAUGGGCACUCGAGGACUUCCCCUGUGCCACACCACUCCUGCUGCUCCAGCGAGACUGCGUCCAAUUUAACUCGCACCUACCCUACGAGUGAGCAGAAACACAGCCUGGACAAGGAGCACUUCCAUUUACCUGGAGACUCUGAUCGGUGUAAUGAAGGAGUUCCCUCGAGCUGCAAUUCACCCCAUUCCAAAAGUGAUGUGUCCUGGAAAAGGAGGAGCGAUUCAGGACUGCAGGAAGCAGCCGUCUCCACGGUGUUGGUGAAUAUUGACCAAUCUGAAUGCUUGCAGAAUAAUAUGGCCAGACUGAAAAGGAAAAUGAGCACAAGGGAAUUGGAGCAGAGAGAAGGCGCACACACUGGGUACUCGAAUAAGGACGAGAUGUUUGCUCACAAGUGUUUGGAGCUGCAGUGUUAUAUCCAGCCACUGUCUUCAAUCUUGAUUGGCCUCCGAUCAGGGAGAUACAGCAAAGGUUUAAGCAGUUUCCAAGAGAGUGUUGCUAUGGACAGAAUCCAGAGAAUAAUGGGCGUUCUGCAGAACCCACACAUGGGUGAGCGGUACAUAAAGAUCCUUCUUCAGGUGGAGGUGAUGCUGAAGAAUUGGUUCCCUGCUGUCCAAGUCACAAAUGAUACAAAGGAUGAAACUACAAUCUCAAAAAAACUUAAGAUGUCUACUGAAACUGUGACGUCUGCAGCUGCAGUCAGCAUCCCAAAGGUAGACCCUGCACUUCCCAAUAUGCUUCCUUCAUGCAACAAAAUCCAUGGAAAUGGUGAACCAGCUGCAUUUUCAGCUGCAAACUUCGAAUGGCUCCAUACUUCACCUAUUUGUAGCUCGUCACUGCGGCUUGCACUAGGUAGACACAGAAGAACCCCUGGAGGCCAGGACGUUACGCAAGACAACAUGGUAUCCUCUAGCACAGACACAAGGACAAACCCCAGCCACUGCAGACCACCAACCGGCAAAAUGAAUGCUCCGUGUUUAGAGAGACUGUUGAAAUCCAGGGAUAGUAUUAUCAGUGACAAAGGCAAAAAGAGUACAACAGAAACAAGCAGCUGUUUGUAAGAAAAGUCCACUGUGUUUUUUUUUUUUUUUGGUGGGGGUGGGGGGGGGGCCCACUUGUCAAACAUUACAAAUACUGUCUAGAGCUGAAGGAUGUAAAGCAUUUGUAUGAGACAUCAGUGUUUGCACAACUGCUGUUUUGCAGUGUAAUAAAUUCCUAGCCUUUUGAAAAACCCUGAUGCAUUAUACAGGAUAGGUUGUCUUUUCAGGUACAAAGAUUGUCCUUCCAGUAUGGUACAUUAGGCUCUUUGCAUGAAUAUUUGUAGAAUCAACCAUUAAAUCUAUUAAGGGAAUGCAGUCUGAAUAAGAUGUGUGACGGGAACAUAGUUACUAAGGUAAUCAGAUACUAAAAAAAUGACAUGAUCAAUGUAGCAUAUCAUCCUAGAAUAUUCAUAGGGAGUGUUGAAUGUAAGAUUUAAAUGAGUAUGUCGUGAGUUAAUGAUGUGACUGCUACCAUGUAUUAAGACUUUAUAUGUAGUUCAAAUGUACAUAUACAACAUUACUACCUCAGCCUGGCACUAGUCAAGGCAAAAAGCAUUAACACCUACUCUAUGGCAAUUGUAAUGCGUUUUUUGCAGAACACAUAGUAAAAUAAUCAGUGUGAAGCUAUAAACAGCUUUUACUACUUACAUCAGUUGUACACAUAGUAAAAUAAGCAUGGAUAUGGUGAUUUUAAACCCUGCAUAGUGCCAUUGUGAAGAAUGUGAAAUACAGUAUAUGUUUUUAAAGUCUCUUGGUACUAGUUACCAGUUAAUAUGACCUGUUCAGGUUUAUCUGUAUACUGUAGCAAAUAGUAAUUAAAUGACUUAUCUUUGAGAGGACACCAUGAAAUACAUGUACCUCUGAAGGAUCUUUACAUCCUAGAACCUUCCUUUGGAAUUUGCCAUUUUCUGUAUUAAGUACAUAGUUCAACCCUGCCAACUGUACCAUGUCAUUAAGUGUAACAGUAGCAUUUAUGUUGGCACAGGUAGAGGAGUGGGAAAUAUUUGUAAACAUUACUAACCAUGCCCAGGUUGUUGAUUUACACUACAAAAGCGGCCUUUAAAGUGUGGUAUUUUAUACUUUGAAAUAAAUGUGGUUGUAUUAA